AGAAAACAAGUCUUGAUUCUGAGUUUAAUUGUCUGGCAGGUCUUCUUGUCUUGUUCUUCGAGAGCUUGGGAGAAGGGAAGCUCGUGCCCCUCCUGGUCCUGGUCCUGGUACAAGUCCAAAAAGUCCCGAUUUCGAUCCCACCCGGUAGUUCUUGCGCUGCGAUUCCGACUUUGGAAGCGUCCGCGACCGCUACAUCACGAACCGCCAUUCAUUCUUCACGAUUGGACAGGACGGAGGUUGCGAGAUAAGUCAAUUGGCUUUCAAGAACAUCAAUUCGCUUUUCCUCCCCCACGAAUCGAUUUAGCAACCAUCAAGAUGCUCUCCCGCGUCGCUGUCCGUGCCACCAUUCGGGCUGGCGCCCGUAGGGUGACUCCUCGGGCUGCCCGCCUCGUGCCAGCAGCCAACAACGCUCGUGUGCAAUUCGCCCCCUACACGUCCGGCCGAAACAACGACUCCCGGUUCAUUCGAAGUGCCGUUAUCAAGGUCUUGAACAGCAUUGGCACCAAGCGAGAGGUCCAGCAGUACCUGAGCCACUUCUCCUCCGUCUCGUCGCAGAAGUUCGCUGUCAUCAAGGUUGGCGGUGCUAUUCUGACCGAGCACCUUGACGAGUUCUGCAGCAGCUUGGCUUUCCUCUACCAUGUUGGCCUCUUCCCCAUCAUCGUUCACGGCGCCGGCCCCCAGCUCAACAGGCUGCUCGAGGAGGCCGGUGUCGAGCCCCAGUUCGAGGAGGGUAUCCGCAUCACUGACGGCAAGACCCUGGGGGUUGCCCGCAAGCUCUUCCUGGCCGAGAACCUCAAGCUCGUCCAGAAGCUGGAAGAAUUAGGCGUUCGCGCCCGCCCCAUCACUUCCAGCGUCUUCACUGCCGACUACCUUGACAAGGAGAAGUGGAAGUUCGUCGGCAAGAUCACCGACGUCAACAGCGAGCCCAUCGAGAGCGCCAUUGCCAACGGCUACCUCCCCAUUCUCACAUCCAUGGCUGAGACCCCCGAGGGUCAAGUACUCAACGUCAACGCUGAUGUUGCAGCCGGUGAGCUGGCUCGUGUCGUCGAGCCUCUCAAGGUCGUAUACCUGAGUGAGAAGGGUGGCCUUUUCGAUGGCGAGGGUACCAAGAUCUCCGCCAUCAACUUGGACGAGGAGUUUGACCACAUCAUGGCACAGAAGUGGUGCAAGUUCGGUACUCGCCUCAAGAUCAAGGAGAUCAAGGAGCUCCUGGACGGCCUUCCCCGAACUUCCAGUGUGGCCAUCAUCCACCCCGCCGAUCUCCAAAAGGAGUUGUUCACCGACUCUGGUGCCGGUACCCUGAUCCGUCGCGGAGCCAAGCUUCUCACAGCCACCAGCGUUGACGACUUCAAGGACCUCGAACAGAUUAAGGACGUCCUUGUCCGAGACCGUGACGUGACCGAUUCGCGAGCCACCGUCGACCGGUACCUGGAUUUCUUGAAGGAGCGCCCCUUCAAGGCCUUCUUCGACGACCAAAUGAAGACCCUUGCCGUUAUUCUCAAGCCCGAUUCGCAAAAGUCCUACUCGACCUUGGCCACUCUCAACAUCACCAAGUCUGGUUGGUUGACCAAUGUCGCAGAUAAUAUCUUUGCUGCCAUCAAGAAGGAGUACCCCAGCUUGGUAUGGACCGUCAAGGCUGACGACGAGAACCUCACAUGGUUCUUCGAGAAGGCUGACGGCAGCUUGCUCCGAGGCAAUGAUGUUCUCUUCUGGUACGGCGUCGAGGAAGGUCAAGACCUGACUGACCUCAUGAAGGAGUUCACGCUCAACGGUCGCUCGAUGUUGGGAGAGUCCAACCUGGAGGCAAGACUCCACAGAGCUGCCCAGAUCGCUUCGCAAAACCUCAAGUCCCAUGCUGCAUCCGGGUCGGUCGCUAAUCAAGCCCGUGGUUUCUCUACCUCUGCCCGUCGUGCGGUCAUGAGCGCUUCCAGUGGCUUCGGAAAGUCAGUACGAGGAUACUCCACUACCACCAACCCCAAUCCUCCAUACGGCAAGAAGCACGCUUCUAACGACGUUCCUUCCCGGGUUGCCCUCAUUGGUGCACGUGGUUUCACUGGCCAAGCUUUGAUUGCCCUCUUGAACAAGCACCCCAACUUCGUCCUUAAGCAUGUAUCGUCCCGUGAGCUGGCAGGUCAGACGCUCCAGGGAUAUGACAGAAAAGAAGUCACCUACUCCAACCUGAGCGCAGAGGAGGUUGGCAAGAUGGAGGAGAACGGCGACAUCGACGUAUGGGUAAUGGCUCUGCCCAACGGUGUAUGCAAGCCAUACGUAGACGCGAUCGACCAGGCACGGGCCAAGAUCGGAGAGCGAGACGACAACAGCGUCAUCGUUGAUCUGUCCGCGGACUACAGAUUCGAUGACUCGUGGACAUACGGUCUUCCCGAGCUUACCAAGCGCUCAUCCAUCGCACAAGCUACCCGCAUCUCAAACCCGGGUUGUUAUGCGACUGGUGCUCAGCUCGGUAUUGCUCCGUUGGUGGACUUCCUCGGCGGUUCCCCCAGUGUCUUUGGUGUGUCGGGUUACUCAGGAGCUGGUACUAAGCCUUCCCCCAAGAACGACACCAACCUGCUCGACAACAACUUGAUCCCCUACAGCUUGACUGAUCACAUCCACGAAAGGGAAGUUAGCUCGCAGCUGGGGACUCCCGUAGCUUUCACUCCUCAUGUGGCAAGGUGGUUCCAGGGUAUUCACCACACCAUUCACAUCCCCCUGAAGCAGACUAUGACCUCGCGAGAGAUUCGUCAAAUCUACCAAGACCGCUACGCUGGAGAGAAGCUCGUCAAGGUCAUUGGUGAGGCCCCUACAGUGAAGAACAUCAGUCAAAAGCACCACGUCGAGAUCGGUGGAUUUGCUGUGCAUAGCUCCGGAAAGAGGGUGGUCAUCUGUGCCACCAUCGACAACCUGCUCAAGGGAGCAGCUACACAAUGUUUACAAAACAUGAACUUGGCACGUGGUUAUGCGGAGUUUGAAGGCAUUCCCCUUUCGGAAUAGAUCAGGUAGACACCAAAACGGCUUCUUUUAUUUCCAUAUCGGGUUUGUUAGGGAUUUUGGUUUCGGUUGCGGUUCUGAUUAUUGUAUAUACCUCGAGACCAAUUGAAAUUUGUUUAUACACAAAUGUCUUCUUUACAGCCCGUGUCAACCAUGGCUCUAACUCGCACGGCGGUUG